UUCGCUGCCGGGCCGGUUCCUCCUGCCAUGUCGGCCUCCAAAAGAAAGAGCAGGGGGCGGCGGCCCCCCGAGAGCGGCUCCCCCAGCGGCCCCCCGGAGCCGGCGGAGCGGCCCCCUGCUCUGCUGACACUGGCUGCUGCUGACUUCUUGGAAAAAGCAGAUGACAAAGUUCCUACAAUGUACAGAAGAGUCCUUGUGCAACUAGGACUCAACAGUAUGAAAUCAGCAAAUAUAUGCAUCGGUCGACCAGUCUUGCUUACCAGUACAGAUGGGAAACAAGAGGUCUGUACAGCUUGGCCAAUUGCAGGCUUCCCAGGAGGGAAAGUUGGCCUGAGUGGAAUCACUCAGAAGAAUCUGCGAGUGAAACCUGGUGAGGCAGUCACUGUUCAGCCUGUGGUCGGUGCAGUGGUGCAGGCAGAAGAAGUAGAUGUGAAGCUGAGGGACAAAGACGCCUGUAUUAAUGUUGAAGACUUGUCUGCCUGUCUUUUGCGAAAUCUAGAUGGGAAGAUAGUUUUGCCAGGCAACCUUUUGCAUCUCACAUUCUAUGGCAAACCUUGCAACUUGAUGGUGACGAAGGUGAAAGGAACGGAUGGGGCCCUGCUGAAAAUGCAGAGAAGUACUGUUUUCGGUGAAACACAAGAGCCAGUCCUUGAGAAGACUGACUUGGAGACCAGUGCUCUAAACUUGUCUUUGCAGCUCAGAAAGUUGGACAUAGAAGACAACCAGGAAGGAGAAUCUACCAGCACUCCAUGCAAACCGAUAGCUCAAAGUUCACCAGUUACUUCAAAUACUGUGGAGAUAGGGGGUGAGCAGGAUUAUGACCGGACAGAUGAAUUCUGUGAUGAGGGGAAUGUCAGAGACCUUAUUGAUGGUUCUGAAUCAAUCAGAGACGAAGACAGUGUGAGAUUGCCACCCACUGGCAACACUGGAGCAAAAUGCAAUUUGGAUACAUUUUACUUCAUUUCUUCAAGAACUAGAGUCAAUUUCAUGGAGAAUCGGACCAUUGCAACAGAAGAACCUUACCUAUCUACCCUUACCUAUGACAUGAUAGGUGGUUUAAGCAGCCAGCUACAAACUAUUAGAGAAACAAUUGAACUGCCCCUGAAGCAGCCUGAAUUGUUUAAGUGUUACGGAAUUCCUCCUCCUAGAGGGGUGCUACUGUAUGGCCCCCCAGGUACUGGGAAGACCUUGAUUGCUAGAACUGUUGCAAAUGAAGUGGGAGCCCAUGUUACAGUUAUUAAUGGUCCUGAAAUUAUAAGCAAGUUUUAUGGUGAGACUGAAUCAAGAUUGCGACAGAUAUUUGCUGAAGCCUCUCAACGUCGUCCAUCAAUUAUAUUUAUUGAUGAGCUGGAUGCACUCUGUCCGAAGAGAGAAGGGGCUCAGAAUGAAGUAGAAAAAAGAGUUGUAGCUUCAUUACUAACAUUGAUGGAUGGCAUUGGCUCAGAAGAUAGUGCAGGGCAACUUUUGGUACUGGGCGCUACAAACCGUCCACAUGCACUGGAUGCAGCACUACGCAGACCUGGGCGUUUUGAUAAAGAGAUAGAAAUCGGGGUCCCCAAUGCCCAGGACCGAUUCGACAUCCUCAACAAACUUCUUAAUAAAGUUCCUCAUCUGUUGACAACAACAGAGUUGGUGCAGCUGGCUGAUAGUGCACAUGGCUAUGUGGGAGCAGACUUGGCAGCCUUGUGCAAAGAAGCAGGUUUGUGUGCUUUGCGGAGAGCACUGGGAGAACAAGCUAACCUGUUAGACAGUGAGGUGGCUGGGUCAGUGAUGAUUACUCUCAAUGACUUCCUGCAGGGGAUGAAUGAUGUCAGGCCCAGCGCCAUGAGGGAGGUGGCUAUUGAUGUGCCAAAAGUACUCUGGUCAGACAUAGGAGGACUGGAAACUGUCAAAUUGAAACUGAAGCAGGCGGUGGAAUGGCCCCUCAAGCAUCCUGAAUCCUUCAUCCGAAUGGGGAUUCAGCCACCCAAAGGAGUACUACUUUAUGGACCUCCUGGAUGCUCAAAAACAAUGAUAGCGAAAGCUUUGGCCAAUGAAAGUGGCCUAAACUUCUUGGCGGUGAAGGGACCUGAAUUGAUGAAUAAAUAUGUUGGUGAAUCUGAACGAGCAGUGAGAGAGAUAUUCAGGAAAGCCAGAGCUGUGUCACCUUCCAUUCUUUUCUUUGAUGAAAUAGAUGCCUUGGCAGUUGAAAGAGGGAGGUCUUCAGGUGCUGGGAACGUAGCAGACCGUGUCUUGGCUCAGCUGUUAACAGAAAUGGAUGGGAUAGAACAGUUAAAGGACGUGACAAUUUUGGCAGCUACAAACCGACCGGAUAUGAUAGACAAGGCUUUGAUGAGACCUGGACGAAUUGACAGAAUCAUCUAUGUGCCCUUGCCAGAUGCCAAAACUCGUAGAGAAAUCUUUAAACUUCAGUUUCGCUCAAUGCCGAUCAGUGGUGAAGUCUGCUUAGAGGAGCUCGUCCUGCAGACACAGAAGUAUUCAGGAGCAGAGAUAACAGCAGUCUGCAGAGAAGCAGCCCUUCUAGCCCUCCAGGAAGAUAUACAGGCCAAAUGUAUUAUGGGACGACAUUUUCAACAUGCAUUGAGUAUUGUGACCCCUAGAAUUCCUGAGUCGCUAAGACAGUUUUAUGAAGAUUAUCAGCGGCAGAGUGGACUACAUACACUUUGAGAAAUUAAUAUGUGCAUUUUCACACUCAUUGUAUGUAUAUGUGUGUGUAUAUAUAUAUAUAUAAUAUACACACACACUCAUUUCACCUGUAUACAGCAAAUUUUCUUUACAUUCUUGAGAGUUUAGGAAUUUCUUAUUGUAAAUGGAAUGUCUGAAAUGAACUCCAUUGCAGAAAUUUCAUAGUAGAAGUCUUUUGUGUUGAUUAUGAACUAUGUGAAUGCAGUGAAAAUGGUUGAAAAUUUUGUACUUUAUAAUAAAAUGGUAUAAUCUGCAUUAUUAUAAUUCAGAUUGCUGGUUUAAAUCAGUUUUAUCUGCAAAUACAUAUCAGUCUGGAAAAAAAAGAACUCUCGAUUCAGUAAUUUUUAGACUGAUCCUUGAUCAUCUCCUUGAAAAAAUUUGCAACAGCAACAAGCGUCCCUACAGUCUUAAUCUUUGUGUGUCUGGUUGUCAGUUCUGCACGAAGGAGUAACACAAAGACUGGGAGUGGCAUGAAUACAUGCUGAAAAAUAUUCUGAAAUCUUUGAUUUAUGACAUUCAAAGAAGUUGCCAAACAAGCCUGCCAAACAUUCAGCUUUCCUCUCUCCCCCUUCUCGCCCCCCCCACACAAAAAAAGUUAAGGUGUUCCUAAUUGAUCACAGCACAAUGUUUAACUUCAAGUCUUGUACAUCUUCCCUUUGCUUAUAUUAUAAGGUAGGAAUAUAAAUUAGAAGGGUACAUUAGGCUUGUUAUAAAGAUUGGGAAAAUGGACUAUUUCUAAUUCGUGGUUAAUUUAUAACUGUUUCCAGAUGUCAGAGAGAGAUUUUUUUUAAUUAAAAAAAAAAUCUGAAUAUCUUGUUGAUUGGGAAAAUUGUGUAUUUCUUACAGAUCUAUGUACAAUUUUUUCUCUUUAUAGAGAAAAAAUUGCCUUGGUGGGUUCUGAGCUUAUAGGUGGAUUUGCUUGCCUCAGCAGCCCUCAGUUUGACCACUUUUGCUAAUGGCUCAAACCUGCCAUCCACUCAGCUAACCUCAUCACUGGCCAUCAUGGGUCAAAUGGAGAACAAUCCCCACAGUCUCUAUGUCCUACCUAAUGGGUCAGGGACAGGCCAGAUCCCUUUCCAAUUUAGACCUUCCCUUCUGGUGUUUCUCACAGACCAGGUCAACUUCUCCUGUGUCCAAUCAGGAGUUGGGCCGAUGAGGGGAACCUGGGCCCACACUCUACAUCGGUUUCCAGCCCAGGGCCUUGUGAAUAGCAGCUGUCUACAGUGUUCCCUGUAUUAGUUGCAUGACAGCUACAACUCUCUGGGCUACUUCUCCAUGGCCUUGCCCAGCACCUUCUUUAUCCUCACUGCAGGAUCUUCCUCCUGAAGCCUGAUCACACUUGAACUCUUCACUCUUCCAGCAGCACACACCUCACUCCCUGCUCCUUGCACACCCACCUACUAACUGAUGGGAGGUCCUUUUUAAACCAGGUGUCCUGAUUAGCCUGCCUGCCAUAAUUGAUUCUAGAAAGCUCUUAAUUGGCUCCAGGUGUCUUGAUUAGCUUGCCUGUCUUAACUGGUUCUAUCAGGUUCCUGAUUGCUCUAGGACAGGCCCUGCUCUGGUCAGGGAACAGAAAAUUGUUCAUCCAGUGGCCAGUAUAUUUGCCUUCUACCGGACUCCUGUACCCCACAGUCUGGGUCUGCCACAACAUAUAUGUUGAUAUUGGUAUUUUAUCUGAUAUUUAGUCUACCAAGCACUGUACCUUGAUCUGUAGGGGACAUGUAAAACAUAAUGGGAAAAAGUUGAGAGAUGUUUAUUACUUCUUGAUACGGUGCAUGUGAGUAAAACUUGAAAAAAUGUGCAUUUAAACUGGACCACUAAAAAUCUUUGAAAUUUCCUAGAAAAUCCAAUGAGUAAAAAUACCUAGUUGAUAGAACUGAUGCAAGUGGCCACAAAAAUGGGGGGGUACAGAUACAGAUUUUUAAACCUAUUUCAUCACUGAUUUGUUUACUGAAACCAUGGCAGGUCGUUUCUUGGACAUGUAUUCUUGUACCUUCAGUAAACAAGCUGACCAGGUAAAAUUACUUGCCGGAUAAUGAGCUAUUGUAUACCAGAUAUGACUAGAAAGGCAGAUCGAUCGAAAGCAAUAAUUAAAAGGGGGGGGAGCCAAAAGGUGAUAAAAACUGAAAGGAUCUGACUUUAUUUCAACAGGUAAUUGCAUGGUUUGGCUAAUGUUUCUUUCAGCUAAGCGGAAGACCCUUCGGGGUCAAAGCAUUAGCCAAAUCAUGCUGUUACCUGUUGAUGUAAAAUAGUUUCAGAUUUUAUCACCUUUUGGCUUAUUUUUUGGAUUUAUUGUUGGUUUUGAAGAAUUUGGCUUCUUAUGGUAGUUCGAUAUUUGUUUAUGCAAGAGUUUUAUGUCUGUUUAUGUCCACACCUUCUGUUCUUUUUAAAGAAAUAAGCUUUUGAUUUUGUUCAGACCAUUUCU